UUGGGGGUGGGGGGAGACCUCCCAUGGACUGAGCGACUGAGUAGAUAGUGCGACAGUGAUUGGCAGCAGCACAGAGAUAGAAGCGACAAGCAGCCGCAGCGGGAGGAAAGGCCGGCUCUAUGUGGGUGGAUCUAGCGGCAGGAGAGCUGGGUGGCUGCCCCCUCUAGUGGGAGGAGAGCUCUGACAAGGAGUUUACAUGGGACACCAAAGUCAGUGGAAGUUGCUCUGUUCCCAGCUGUUGCAGAGCAGAGUGCGAUAUUGACAUGCAGAGCUGUACCCGCCUUUCUCUGCCUCUUCAAAUAGAAGCACCCAGCGCAUCGCCGACCCAUCAGCGCCCCGCAACCCCCCGGGUCCCUCCUGCACUCAGCACCUUGUGACCCUCGGAUCCGCUUUAUUGUAGGGGGAAUGGGGGAAGCGCUGCGGGAUCAUCACUUGUGAGAAAGCAGUCGCACGGUCAGUCGCACAGUCAGUCGCACAGACGCGCCAGUGGUGCCGGCAGCCCAACAACUCCUUUGCACUUGCUCAAUGUGGAAGCGCUGAAGCCGAGUCACUUUAUGGGCAGCACGAUGUGGGGGGCUAGGGAAGUGUUCCUGUGCUUGGCGCUGGCCACAUUGCUGCUGUGGCAGGAGGUCCUGACUAGAAGAAUCCCGGUGGACACGGGGCAGUGUGGGCUGCCCAAAUCGCAAGAAGAGCUGAAUUCUUUUCUGUGGACAAUAAGGAGGCAUCCACCUGCCUAUCUCUUUGGAACCAUACAUGUGCCAUAUACAAGAGUAUGGGACUUCAUACCCCAAAACUCCAAAAAGGCUUUUCAUGACAGCAACAGUGUAUAUUUCGAGCUGGACCUCACUGACCCAUACACUAUUUCAGCUCUGGCACACUGUCAGAUGCUUCCACAGGGGGAAAACCUGCAGGAUGUGCUACCCAGGGAUCUGUACAGGAGACUAAAGAGGCACUUGGAGUAUGUCAAGCACAUGAUGCCUCACUGGAUGACCCCAGACCAGAGGGGAAAGGGUCUCUAUGCCGAUUACCUCUUUAAUGCCAUUGCUGGCAACUGGGAGAGAAAGAGACCUGUGUGGGUGAUGCUGAUGGUAAAUUCAUUAACAGAAGCUGAUAUCAGGUCAAGAGGGGUCCCUGUCUUGGAUCUGUAUUUAGCACAGGAAGCUGAUCGGAUGAAGAAGAAAACUGGAGCUGUUGAGAGGGUAGAAGAACAGUGCCAUCCUCUUAACAGGUUAAACCUUUCCCAGGUUUUAUUUGCCCUAAAUCAAACAUUGUUGCAACAUGAAAGUCUACGGGCAGGAAGUUUCCAAGCUCCAUAUACCACAGAGGAUCUUAUCAAACAUUACAACUGUGGGGACCUCAAUGCUGUGAUAUUUAGCCAUGAUUCUUCACAGCUCCCAAAUUUUAUCAACGUCACUCUUCCCCCACAUGAACAAGUAACAGCACAAGAGAUUGAUAUCUACUUCAGGCAAGAACUGAUCUACAAGAGAAAUGAGAGGAUGGCAAGGAGAGUGAUUUCGCUUCUCAAGGAGAACAAUGACAGAAGUUUUUUCUUUGCUUUUGGGGCAGGUCACUUCCUUGGAAAUAACACAGUCAUUGAUGUUCUAAGACAAAAUGGAUAUGAGGUUGAGCACACUCCUGCAGGACAGACAAUUACUGGAACAAAACCCAAAACAAAUCCAACCUCAGAUGAGUCCAUGGCAACAGAUUCCCCCGCAAUGAAAUAUUUUGAUCACAUCCCUGUGACGCCUUCCUUUCUUGGCGAGUCAGAUGAGGAGAUGCUGCCCCCCCACCUCCUGUUGCCAGACAGUAUUAGUCAGCUUGAGGAGUUUGGGAAGCAGAAUAGUUGGCAUCGGAAGCAUCACAGGAAUCAGAGACCAAGACAGUUUAAUGACCUUUGGGUUCGUUUGGAAGAUAGUACAACAACAUUGCCUUCAAACACUAGGAACACCAACGGAGAACAGUCUGCGGAGUCAUUGGUUUGGCUGCCUAAGCAGGAUCAUCAAAAUUACCUAGAUGUUAAACUGUCCCAUUCCCAAAGCAAUUCAUCUCCCAAGUGCCUGUCAGCAUCCCCUGCCUUCCUCUAUACUUUGGUAACUUUGUGCAUUAUAACAACAAUGAGAACAAGAUCGUGACAAUGUUCUUAGCAAGAGCGGCAACAAAGCUUAUAAGCUAUCAAGUAUAUUUCUUUAACAAAGAGGUAUAGAUGGAAACAUAUUUGUGCUGUAUUAGCCAUCAAUUCAAACACCAGCAGAAGAAGAGGAUUCACCAUUGAAGAAAAGCAUUACUUAUUUUAGACCCAUUUAGUUCUACCUUCCAACUCUAUAUAACAACAAUGCUGUUGAUUUGUUUAUUUCAGUUUAUUGUUCAUCCCUUGUAUCAUUAGCCUCUACCUGAGGGCUUCAGUGAUAUACCUGAUAGAUGUAAGCAGGAAACAUGGAGUAACUAGUGCUGCUUUCAAAGAAGGUAUUCAGAUGUUUAAUUUACAAUAAAACUAUUUGUGGUGUUUGUGUUUUCUUCUCCAUAGAUGGUUACCAGAUUCAGAGGAUUAUCAAAGUGCCAUGUUUUUCUGUAUUUCCUAAUAUCAUUUGCAAUAUUAUGCAAAACAUUGGUGUUUACAAGAAACCAUUUUUAAAACACAAAACUUUCAUGCUUCAAUUACAAAUAUAAGUACUUUAUUUGACGUGCCUCAAACAAAACAUACAAAAUAUCAUAGUGAAGUGACUCUGAUAUUAGUUUUUAUAUAUCAACCUCCAUCCUUUUAAAUAGUUACUCAUCAGUCAGUGUCAUCUGAAGGUUAUUUACAUGUGUUUCAGCCUUUGACUUAGUUUAGUUCAUUCAUGUUUCUACAGAUUGCAACCUCGAUGUAAGAAGAGAAUAUCAUUGCACAGUGUUACUUCUUAAAUAUAAAAUCAUUGAUAUCAUGAGUGCAGAAAUGUGUAGGGAGCUGGUUUGGAGAAGCCUGGUGGGGAUUGGCCUGUCACUGGGGACUGGUGGCCACUGACUGCUGGAAGCUGACUGUGAACAUAAGGAAUUGGUUUUUAGGAUUUACCUAUGAUCACUGGUCUCUGAGAGUAUAAUAUUAGGGGCCAAAUGUAGAAGGAGAGUAAACCAUACAAAUUGAUUUUUUAUAUUUUAAACACUGCAGAAUGAUAUCUUUUGAGAUUUGUUCUCUCUGUUUAGAAUAGAAUACUCAUAUACAGAAAUGUACAUCAGGAUUACUACAGUAAAAUAUUUUGUAUUGAUGAUAACUGGAUACAGAUGCCUUGUCUUCAAACUGGUUAAAUUGAAAAUUGCCUUAUAACACAUUCCACACCUCUAUUUAGUCACAGAAAGUGCUUGAACUGAUUCAUUUAACAGUAUGUAGUCUGACCUCAUAUAGUACCAAAGUGCCUAGUGCAGAUAUAACAACCAAUUAUAUACAUCGCAAUUAAGACAUAGAAAGAUGCUCUGAUUAUUGUUGUUUUGCAUCAUACUUUCUCUUGGUUCCUAAUCGAAUGUUCAAUCCUGAAAAAUCAUAAAUAUUCAGUUAAUUGCACAGAAACCUGAUGUUUUAUUUGGGAUAGUACUUCAGCCAGUACAGAGCUACAACUCCCUCCAUGCAAUGCUAAUAGUAGCAUACAUGUAGUUCAAGAGCUGAGAGUUGGAUUUCUGCAACACCUGUAAUGACAAGUGAUCAGUCCCUGCUUUGAGCUCAUUACAGAUGCUGCUUACAUCAUUAAAGGGGAACUCCGGCUUUCAAACCAAAAUUUUAUAAUGAGGCCCACAUAACACAGAAACCCCUAAUAUACCCAUCACAGUUACCUGUUUCUUCAAAAAGUAUGAAUAAAUGCCAUUUUCUAUUCUGAAAUCUAACUAACAGUUCACUUUCUGCAUCAUUUGAAACCCUGGCAGGGAAGGAGGGACUAAACACAUGUUACAAAUUGUAACAACUUCUCCACAGUUUACAGACAGCAUGCAGGAACUACGUAACC